AUGUCAUCAUUAUCACUUUAGUUCACUUCAUUGGCUAAGUGAUUCAGAUUUGGGCGACAUGGCAGAUGGUAACCUCGUUUCCUAUAUUGACGGGCUGUUUUGGUGGUGAUGAUCUGCACUGGAAGUGUCCUGCAUCUUUCAUCUGUUCAGUCUAAUCGUUCUGGAGCCUGCAAACAUCUGAGAUCUUUCCAUGGAUAGAUCCACAGUUGCCCAAAAGGUGGAGAGUGUGGAGCGUAAUGUAUCAUUCUUGCAGCAGGAACACAGGAUCCUCCUGACUGGUCUACGCCUGGAGAUACACAACUUGAAGAAACGAUGCAAUGAGCUGAGUUGUGAUCUGAGUGGAAAGCCACCAGUUAGAAGAAGAGAAGAUGUCGAGCUAGAGGAAGAAUUGCUGCAGGCAAAAUUAUUGGAGACAGAGCAGCGUCUGGCAGAGCAAGACAGUGCACUGGUGGAGCUACGGACAGAGUUAAGGAAAAAGGGGGCACUAGCGAGUGCACUUCAGGUUCGUCUUAGAGACGAGGAGCGGCGAUUCCUGGAGGAGCUGAAGCGUCGCAGUCAUAAGAUUACGAUACUGAGUCGUGACCUCCGCAAGCAGACUGAUGUGGCCGCUCAAACCUCCUUCCAACUGCAUUCUGCACACGUUCGUCUCUACCACCAGACAGAGGACUAUGAAGAAAAGGAGGAAAAAGAGGAGGAGGAAGAAGGAGCCAUGCAGGAAUCAGAUUGGACUGCAAACUACCCAUGGGCAUCUCCAGUAGCAGCGGAAAGCACACAACAAAGCUGUGCUUUAGAAAGAAAGUGGAGAUCGGAGAGAGUGAGAGAAUGCAUGCCCCGUGAAAGGGUGCUUGGACCCGAGGAGCCUCGCCCCAUGCCUGACCCCUCCCUCUUCCUUUACCCUUUCAGACAUAGGCUCCUCCCUUUGCACAAGUCAAUUGGAGGCCGCUGGCGAGAAGGUGGCCUUUCAGAGACUCGGAUAGGUAGAUUCAGGGACCGACCACUGAGGGAGGAUAUUGGACCAGAGAGUACAGAAUUAUGAGCUAAUAUCAAGGCUGGUUGUUUUGGAAAAUCUUGCCUACAAAAGACUGAUCAGCCACAUAUUCAUUUUGUAGUCUGUCAUGAGUCCAUAUUGAAAUGUUGAAUAGGGGCUUUGUGAUAACCCAGUUCUGUGAAGUGGGAUUCAUGCUAUUGCACUGAAUCUCUCCUUCAUUAAGUCUAAACAAGUAAAUAUUGUUAAAAUCAAAGGCAGAUACUUCGUGAAGUAAGGGAGUAUAGGCAUUCUUAAGCAUUUAAUAAAAGAGUUCCUGAUAUUUUAUGUAUCACGCCCCUUUUCAAAACUCAUCUAUGUUGUUGAAUCCAUUAUGCUCUAUAAUGAAGAGCAUUCACUUGCCAUUGAGUAAUUAUUUGUGUAAAUAAAGUAAAUUAUUGUGAUCUCAUUGGAUACACUCUGAUUGACAAGCGAGGACAGGUGAGGUAAACAGGUUUAUCAUAUUACUUUUUGUUUUCUCUGUAGCUGACAGCAAAGAGCUAUAUGCUGAACUGAAGAUGGAGAUAUGAAGUGUAAUUUUUAAAAUUUUGGUUAUUUUUCCAUAAUGUUGUUCUGUUAAUGUCAAUCUCUUUUAAGUGUUCUAGAAAAAAUUGUUAGUUAGACCUAUAGUAUUAAUUAAAAUAUGCUUUUGAAAGUUUAAAUUAUUCCUCACAUAGGGAAAUACACUUGAAACUUUCUUAAAAUCUUCAUGAAAAUAUCUAUAAUAUUAGCAUGUCAUACAGCGUUAAUAUUGUAUGAUUAAGUUUGCCUAUGUUAUCGAGCAAAGCAUCCAAAGUGUGCAAACAAAGUUCUUUGAUGUCUUUAUUUUGAUUCGUAUAAGUAAAGAUUGUUUCUUCAGAAUUAUAAUAUUACUUAUUCUGGUAACACUUUACAAUAAGGUUCCAUUCUGUACAGUCAUUCGGUUGCUAUUGCAAAACCCUGACAAGACAGGGUCUUGUCACCCUGAAGGGGUUUAUUUUACUAUAACAACCGGCAGACUUUACAUAAUCCUG